AUGUCAUUUGACGAAUAUGUUACCACGUUACCGGCGGAGAUUGGCAGUUUGGUGCGACUGAAGCGGUUACAAAUCCGGUCGACUUCCCUCGUGCUGCCCAAUUCAUUUUGCGAGCUGCCCGCCGUGGAGCACAUCAGCUUGCGUGGCUGCGAUUUUUCCCAUUUGCCCAGCGACCUCGGGCAGCUCCAAAACCUCAAGAUCCUCACUCUCAAACUUCUGAUGCAGCUCGUCGAGCUGCCCGCCUCCAUCUGCCUCCUCUCCGCGCUUACCAGCCUGACCAUCGAGCACUGCUACGAGCUAGCAAAACUGCCCGAAAACUUUUACCAGCUGCCGAAUCUGCGCACCAUCCACCUGGAAGCGCUAAUCGCCCUCUCUUCCCUCCCAGAAUCUUUUGGUCAGCUGCCCUUGCUGCGUGACCUCACCAUUCGAGACAGCGGUCGCAUCACGCACCUCCCGCCAUCUCUCUCAAGCAGCAGCACACUGGAGCACCUCUCGCUCCACAACUGCGGAGGGCUCUCGUCCCUGCCGGACGCCAUCGGCCACAUCCCCACCCUGCAGCACGUGGAGCUCAGAUUUCUCGAGACCCUUAUCGCACUUCCGGACUCGCUGGGAUACUCCUCUCGCCUGCGCGAGCUCAACAUCGUCCACUGCAGCCGCCUUACAGCUCUCCCCCGUUCGGUCUCUGCCCUCACCUCCUUCGCCCACCUUACGCUCGAUGGCUGUGCUCUAUGGGCGCUGCCCGAGGAUUUCGGGCAGUUGUCGAAUCUGGUCCAGCUGAAGCUGUCCUGCGGGUAUUUGCCUGCCCUGCCCAGGUCGUUCGGGCAGCUGGGGAAGCUGCAAGAUUUGAGGCUCCAUGCCUGGUACGGGCUAUUCGAGCUGCCCGCGAAUUUCGGAAAUCUUUCCUUGCUUGAAACCCUAAUCAUACACGGGGGAACGUCGCUCAUCUCCCUGCCGCCCAACUUCGAGCACCUUCCACAACUGCGGUGUCUGGAGCUCUUCAACUGCGCCAUUCCGAACCUGCCGGAGAGGUUCGGGCAGCUGCCAAAACUAGAGAUUCUCAAGGUGGGGAGCAGGGAGAGAUACACGAGGAACGGCGUGGAUCCAGAGCACCCGUCGUCACCUGCGAGCCCCACAGCGCUCUCAGCGACCUCGCUGAAUGAACCGCUCCUGGGGCGCUGCCUGCUGCGCAGCUUGCCCCCGUCCGUCUCUUCCCUCACGUGCCUGCAGCAGCUGGUUAUCGACGGGUGUAACGCGCUGGUGAGCCUGCCAGAGGGACUGGGCCGCCUUGCUGGGCUGCAAGUGCUGCGCGUCAAGAACUGCCCGCAACUGCGCUGCUUCCCCUCCCUCCUGCCCGCUCGUCCUCCCACCUCCACCUCCGUGCCUCGAGGACGUUCAGCCCCUGCUGCCCCUGAUGUCUCUGCUGUUGCUGGGCCUGUUCCUCAUUCUCGGACUCGUCGAUUUGCGCGCCCUGCUGCUUGCUCCGCUCUGCUCCCAGUGCUUCACACCCUGGAGAUUUCCAACUGCCCGAGUCUAACAAGCCUUCCACGUGGCCUCGAUGCUGUGCCUCGGCUGGAGCAAUUCACCCUAGAAAAGUGCGACCAGCUGGAAAUGGCAAAUGGCUUCUUAGGAUUCCCCUCCUCAACCUCACUUGCUGCACCCAUCGCCCUCCCGCCCUCCGUCACCACAGUCUCUCUGCUUGACGUCUUCCCAGAAGCGUGCUACCUGCCGGACUCCUUCCUCUCCCUCUCGCGCCUCACCCAUCUCACCCUGCACGAGCUCGUCUCUCUCGACGCACUCUUUGCCCCGGCUGCUACUCGCCUCGGCCCUCCACGCACCCGAACCCAUCCAAUUCUCGGCUUCUCGGUUGAUCCUCAACCCGGUCAGCCAGCCAGAUUGGCGCUGCUCUCGUCUCUGCAGCACCUGGAAAUUGUGGAAUCCACCCUCCCAUUGCUGCCUAGUAACCUCAGCGACCUCUCAAGCCUCAAAACGCUCAUUCUCGAAAAUUGCCGCUACAUGACCUCCCUCCCUGCAUCCCUACCCCACCUCUCCAACCUCGAAAAACUCGUGCUGAAAACCCUCCCGCGGCUGGCGCGCCUGCCCGAGAAUCUCGGGCAGCUGAAAGCCCUGAAAGAGCUCACGGUGGAGUUGUGUGAUGCGCUGGUGGGGCUGCCCGCUUCCAUGGGCCUGCUCUCCUCCCUCGUCCUCCUCUCUGUCAUUGAAUGUGACAAGUUCUCCUCUCUCCCCGACUCCAUGGGCUCCCUCCCCCGCCUCGCCUCCCUCAAACUCAACUGCCUCCCCCGCCUGCGCCGCCUGCCAGAGUCCCUCUCCCUUCUCCCCGCCUUGGUGAUUCUUUCACUGGAAGACUGUGAGGAGCUGCGAGCGCUGCCGGAGGGGCUGGCGGGUGUGGGGACGUUGAGGGAAGUGAUUGUGGCAGGGUGCUGCGCGCUCGAGUACGUGCCCCAGUCACUGCUGGCGAGGCAAAACGUGAUCGAUUUGCAGCUGAGGUGA